AUGGCGAAGAACUCAAAAGAUCGCGCCCAGAAGCCGAAGGUCGCGGCAACGGCGCCAGCAGCUGCGAGCAGCGAAACUGAGGAGGAAGUACAAGUGACGGAGCCACCGUUGGUCCCGGUAGUUGGAUGGACCACAGAUGUGCUGCCGGCUGUGGAAGAGUCCAAGAGCGAGGAAGUUCGGAAGACGAUGGAAGAGCUGGCUGCGGCGAACAAGGCAACGGGUAGCGCGCGAGCGGCGUCCAUGACCUGGGAUGAAUCGCGGCGGCGAUAUGGUGGACAAACCAUGGGCCGAACUGGGAACAACUACCACGACCCCCAAUCGAAGGCGCCUAUGUCGACGAAGACUACCCGCCGCCAGAAAAUUUCCGAGAAGCGAGCCGAGGAAGACGAAAAGGAAUACCAAGAAGAACAGCGUAAGCAAGCUGAGCGGCGGCGGAUCAACAAAGCCAAUCGUCCGGCCAAGGAGAAGCGCGUCGACCAUGCGAAAGUGGCGCGUGCGGCACAUGAUCGGCGGAUGCUGGACACCACCCUUCCAAGCAGCUCGGGAUGGGGACCUCUUACGAGUGGACCACCGACGCCAAGCAGCGGAGGAUGGGGGCCUAACUUCAACUCCAGUGGACCUUCAUUGGUGGUGACACAUGUCCAACCCCCUCGGAUCACCUGUAUGGACAGAACAUUCUUAGUCAGUUGGGUGAAGAAGCGGGAGACAUAUGAGGACAAGCUACGGGCGAAUGCGCAACGCAUGGGUGGCGAGUGGCGUCGGAUGCCUGUGGAACAACUCAGUGAAGAUGACUACCGCGACCGCAUCAUGGAAAUCGUCGGACAACCAGCGACCAAGUGGACACCCACCAUGUCAGACAUGCAAAACUACUGUCGGACGCUGAGUAUCGACCCCCAUGGAGAUGUGACCAGUCGCCUGGUGUCAUUUAUGGAGCGGGUUGAUGACGUCAUUGACGAGAACGGCUUACGUCAGCAACUCAAGGACGCAACUAUGCUGAGAACGUUAGUGAAGGUGGUAGCAGCGCGUGUCACACCCAGCUACCUACGCGACAGAGUUGAAGAACAAAUCAAGACCGUGCCAGCGAACGAUCUGGUGGCCUUUGCGGAUAUCCUACGCGAACAGCCUGACCGAACGCAUGAUGCGGACAUGGACAAUCAACAAAGAAACAGCUAUGGUUCGAAGCGUGGCCGUGAAGAAGAUGACCAAGGGCGCCGCAUUACGAAACAUGCGAAGAAGGCCAACAAAGCUGUUCGAGAUCAGCGGGAAUUACGAGGAAAUUACCCACGUCCACCAGGUGGAUACAUCAAGCCGGAACGAAGUGCGGCGGUGUGGUCCCCGUCGACGCAAAAGCAAUCGGGGGACCCACCAGCCACGGAGUACGGACCGCAAGCGAACUCGCGCCCAAGGCAUGAUGAUCGCCAUGUCCAAGCUGUGCGUGAUGAAGCACGCCCUGAAUUUGCACCCGGCCGGGAUGACCGCGGCAUGCUGUGCUUUGUCUGCCAGCAGCCAGGACAUAUGGCUCGGGAAUGUCCCAUCAAAAAAGACGGGGAUAGCGGCGACACAAGCUGGAAGAAGGGCAAGAACGCCGUCAAGCGGUUCAAGGCGCGGGAACGCAAAGCGAAUAUGCAAGCGAAACGAAUGAAGAAACCCCCACCGCCCAGCAAGGAGGAUGAUGGACGUUGGGUGCGGCUGAAUAGUGUGCUGGAAGUUCCAUACUGCCCGGACACCGGCGCAGACCAAAACAUUGUGCCUCAAGCCAUGGUGGAUGAACUUCAAGUGUUACAGCCACAACUUCAAGUUGUCAAGUUGGCUGCGCCAUUUGUGCCAGGCAAGCGCCGAUGCUAUGUGGUCAACGACGGAGAUGAAUUCGUCUCGGAUGACACCCUCAAGACCAUUGGAAUCGACAUUGAUCGCCUGUUGGAACAGGUGGCGCGCCUGCAAGUGGAUGAGGACGGCGAUGACCUGGAAGAAGUUGGUGGCGAUUGCGUCGAAUUGCCCCAACGAUCGGCCGUCAGAGCCGCGACCAUGAAGGCGGUGCUACCUGUAGCCAAGAAUGAAGUCGAGGAAGCCCUGCAAGGCAUGAUCGACGGCGCAGUCGAUAACGGCUUUCCAAUGGAACAUGUUAAGUACUUGUGGGAUGUGCUCAGCAAGCAUGACAUCUGGCGAAUCAAGUUCGACGGGUCAGACCCACCGGCGAAGGUGAAGCCGUUGAAGCCCACACCAAGUCUGGCGACCAAGCGGGUCAAAAUACGUCGGGGCCAUGGCAGGUCAAAGAAAGUCAAAACGCGCAAAGUCCCUCCACCGGCACAACCAAAACUUCGGCCGCUGAACAAGGAGAUUGUGUGGCCAUGUGUGAUGGACAUCCGUCACGCAGAAGACCAGCAUGGCGAAACCAAACCAAAGCGAGCUACUGUGGUGAACACAAACACACUGUGGCAAGGGGAUGAGCGGCUAUGGAUACCGGGUGCGGCGAAUGACCUGAUCCAACGGAUUAUGGUCGUUGCCUACUGCGGCAGCGCCGGGCACCGUGGACAUGCAGCGCUGGUGGCUACUAUCCGCCGCCUGUUCUAUGUCGACCACUUACCCGACAGGGCCAGUGAAUUCCUCCGGUGGUCCAUCAACCGUAUGCUCCGAGAUGGCACGCGAAAGAGCGCAACGAAGGAAUCCACUUCGACUAAGUAUGUGCUGGUACUCAAAGACGACCUUACCCACUACUGCGAACUCAUUGCAUGCGAUGGACCCACGAGCCAAGUAUGUGUGGAUGCCCUGGUGGACUCGACGAAGCGGUUCGGAAUGCCACGAGUCUGGGUCAGCGACCAAGGAACCCAUUUCAAAAACGUGGCCAUGAAGGCGCUAGCCAACAAGUUCAAGGUUCAUCAUUACCUAACCUUGGCCUACUGCCCCUGGCGCAAUGGAACGGUGGAGCGAAUGAACCGCGACAUCCUUCAAGUGAUGCGGGUCAUGCUGCGAGAGUACCAACUAGCCGAACAGGAAUGGGACUACCUAUUGUCAAUGGUCCAAGCCAACCUCAACCAAACACCGGCAGCAUCACUGGCGAGCAAGUCGCCGAUGGAGCUGUUCACAGCUUUGAACCCGGCAACUCCCCUGGAUGUCGUCGUGGUGGGCAUGAACAAGGAACUCCGAGAAAGCGACUGGACGGUCAUGGACAUCCCCAAAAAUCUGGACAAGCUGCGUGCUAGCCUGCAAGUCAUGCACAAAGAAGUCCUAGACAAGAAUGCGAUGCGCGCGGCGAAAGCGACGAAAACGACCGAGAAAUACGAACAGUGCAACGUCAGCGAAGGCGACUACCUGCUCGUAACCUGGACUGGCCCCUACCGAGUCAAGGAAGUGGGCGAAUUCUCCGUCGUUUUGGAGCACUUGGUGACUCACGAACUGCGGGAAGCGCACGCAUCAAGAGUCAAGCUCUACGCCGAAGACAGCUUUGAAGUGACCGAAGAAAUCCUCGAACACGUUUCCGAGCAAAUGAUUAUGCUGAAGGUCAAGUCCAUUGCGGGACACAAGUUUGUCCCGCUUGAGAAAGACUUUAUGCUGGAAGUGCUUUGGGAAGGUUUUGAAGAUAUAGAGUCCUCAUGGGAACCGCUGCAGAAGCUCAUGCAUGAAUGCCCGGCCAUCGUGAAGAACUACGUUGAAGGCGUGAAGACAGCGAGCGAAGGCAAUGCAUUGCGCAAGGCGAUGAAGCGAGUGAAGGCGAAGAAUUAG